CCCCGCCCGAGGCGCCCGGCCCCGCGACCCGUUAGCCGCCGAGGCCCCACGGCGCGGGCGGCCGGGGCGGCGACCACGGGGGGCGCGGGGGCCUCCCUGAUGCUUGGAGCAGAAAGAAGGCGCUGGUGGCUGGCAUCACCUUGGAGAGGAGCUGAAGACUAGCCAGAUAAAAAGCACUGAACAAAUGCUGGUUCCAAAUCCCUGGCAGGGAUCUGAACGCCUCUGCUGUGCUGAAAGCCGACCCAAGCACAGAUCGGGAGUGGGCAGUUAUAGGAGCUGCUGUCAGUUUCUGUCUAGUUGUACAAUGACCUUUCAUUCGGGACACCAGAUAUACCUUUUCCAAUUUAGUGGUCCAAGUCGUGGUGUCAGAAUCGCUGUAGACACAAGUCCCCCCUGAGGUGGGCACCUCGUCCCUCGUCAGCUGCACGCCUGAUACAGUGCACACAACCGUCACCAGGAAACGCUGCGGCCAGGGCACUGCUGACCUGCUUGCUGACCCACGUGUGGUUCUUAAGUGUCUUUUCAGAAUGCUCGGAGGCUCCUCUCAAGUUUCCUUGCAAAGAACCCUCACAAGGGUGUUGCCUGUGAAUGGCCUGAAUUUCUCAUUUGUACCAGUAGGUUAAAGAAGGAAUCCUCAAAACCCAGCAGCUGAAAUACUGGUUCCUUAGUGCAUUUAGCGCAAAGCACGGGCUCAGAGGCCUCCUGCGCAGGAGUCCAGGAGAGGGGAGGUUCCUGCCAGUGAUGAGUGGCCGCGUCCCGCUGGCAGAGAAAGCCCUGUCCGAAGGCUACGCCCGGCUCCGGUACCGGGACACCUCCCUGCUCAUCUGGCAACAGCAGCAGCAGAAGUUGGCAUCUGUGCCGCCCGGGACAUACCUGAGCAGGAGCCGAAGCACGUGGUACUCACAGUAUGGAAAUGAGGCCAUCCUCGUCCGGGACAAAAACAAGCUGGACGUCUCCCGGGACACGGGGCAAUCCAAGUUUUGCUCUGUUAUGUAGUUCUGGUGUGAAAGCCUGAGCCCAGGCACCCAGCCGCCUUGCUGAUCCCUAGUCCUUACUGGGAGAUCCUGAACAGUGAACGUGAAGGUUGAGCUGUGGUAGAAGAACCCCCAAAUCCCAGAGAUGGCGCCCCGGCCCAUUCGCAGUCAGGCUGAUGGGUGGACUUGUCUCCUGGACUCCAUUCUGACCUUGCAGGCGCUGUAGGCACAGGCCAGCUCUGGGGCCUGGCUGGAUGCUGUUUUGAUUAUGCUUCCGAAUAAGUCAAGCGGGAGGGACACCCCAGUUACAGACCACCUCUUCACAUUCUUACAGGCUGUUCUUUAGGAUUCCCUUCUGCCUGGUAAAGAGUGGGUCACAUCUAGAAAAAGGUGAAGGAAUUGGCAUCAUGUCGGGUCGCAAAUCCAACUGCGGGACCAAGAUGUGCAGGACCAAGAUGGAUUCACCCUAAAUGGUCAUCAGCAGCAGCAUUUCAGCAGGGACUUUGUGGCACUUGAGUUUUGAGUCUAGUAACUAAAAUGAUCACUGCGUGUGAUGCACUGUGAUGGCUCCUACACUAGCUUCCUGAUGCUGGAGGUCUGUGGGGCAAAGGCAUCCCCAAAACAUUAAGGAAACCCCCAAAUUAUUAAGUUACACAAAAGUUGCUAACAGUGAUUUCAAAUUUAAUCACAGGGCUGAAAUAGGCAGGUUCUCAGCCGAUAGUAGUUCAGCGUCUACUCCGAGGCUGCACCUCCCGGCCACCUGCAGUGUUUGAUGUGCGUGGGCCGUGACCACACGCAAGCAGCCUCGGCCCACCUGUGUGGGCAGCUUUAUGCGUCAUUUUUAAAGGAUUUUCUGUCUGCUGUAAUUAAGGUCUGUGUGGCGAGGCAAACGUGGAAGUGUCUUUUGUCAAAGCUGAGUUUUCUUUUCUAAAUAAAUCUCCUUUAGGAGCCACCUUCCUUCCUCACUCCUUAUUUUGAUCUGUUUGCUCCUAAUAUCCUAACUUGGCUUUCAGGGUUUUUUUUUUUUUUUUUUUUUUUUUACAACAGUAACAUCUAACGAUUGCUAAAAACCCCAGUGCAGAAAUGCACGAAGCACCCUCCCCAGAGGUAGCGGCCGUCAGCAGCUCGGCACAUGCGUGUGCCGAGGUUCCAGAGGCGGCGUCCCGCACCACGCAGCAUCUGGUUCUGUGACUUUUUGCUCAGCUGUACAGACAGGGCGAUUACGUCACGCUUCCAACGGCCUGUUGGCAGCGCUCCCGUGAGCCCACAGGUGGGCAGAGACCUUCCCGCUGUGCAUGCACACAGCACGUCCUGGGCUUCCCUUUGCGUGGCUCCUCAUGCAGGCAUGCAAGCUGGUUAGCAGACAGCAUCCAGAAGGGAACUGCUGGGUCAGACUGCUUUCCCCCGACGUCACGUGUCCAGCCAGAGGCCUGGUCCUUGCGCAGGGAGCCUUGGCGUGCUUACUGCCUCAGGUGGGGAGGCUGGAAGGCAGAUUUCCUUAAGCACCUCCCCAAGGUGAAGAGGGAAGCCUGUCUCGUCGACACAGUCAGGAAGGACUCUGCAGUAAAGGCUCGCCCGUCCAGGCGCCCUGACACUGGAAUUCCCCAGUAGACAGGCCUCGUCAGCAUCUCUGCGCUCCGACUUCAGUUCAGUUUGGGAAGGCGGCAAACUUCUGACUUAGCUGGAAUGCCUCUGUGCUGCAUGCCCACUGCCCCUCAGACUGACCUAGAAACGGGCCGUGGUUGGCUCAGCCGCAAGCACAGAGGCCGUGGCCGGGAAAGCAAGCACAGGCCACGGCCGCCGUCUGCACUGGUCGGGUGUGCAGGUGACCGACGUGCCCUGGGCCACUCGCACACAGCUGGCACUGAGCUGCUUAGCGAGCGGGGAGGCCACGUCUGCCCUGGGGACGCCUGGGCGGCUGGUCUUCCCGGCUGGGGCUGGGGAUGCCACGGUGGACGUGCCCAGUCCCCGUCCUCGGGGAGCUCAGCCUGGGUGACGGGGGGCAAGCGAAUACAGGGGAGGGGGGCCUCGGGCCUGGACUCGGGCAGAGCCUUCUCCCGGGACGCCACUGCAAGGCUUGGCUCCAACGGCUGUGACUUUUGAAAACGGCGUCAGAACUCGGCAUUGGUCUCGAUUCCUCCUCCAUUGCUUGCCGCCGCCUCCACUGUGUGCCAGGUUCCCGGCCACAUGGGCGAAACCUCAGCGCGCACAACGUCGCGACGUGGUGUCCUGGAAACGUCCGUUGGGCCAGCCGGACGAGCGUUUGAUGCCUCUGGUCCCGGAAGGCACCUCAGUGCAGACUGAGGGCACAGCGGGGACAGAGGAUGGAUGACCGGGCAGGCGGGAACCGAGGCGACCGAACCUGUGGGUCAUGGAGGGGGGCGGCCCAUCCACAGAGCUGCUGACCUGAAAAGGUGACAAAGACGCUCCCUAAAUCCCGGGGCCUCCCCACCCAGGCUUUGGACCAGAGCCACUGAGCUCUUUAAGACCCUCUUGGAUGCUUCAGGUAUUCCUGCCAGGAAUAUGAGCGGCUCCCCCCAUCGUCACACGCCAGCAAGGGGAGAGCUGGGAGCCCAGAAAGCACAGGAAAAGGCACCUCUUUUUUUUUUCUUUUAUUAUGAAAACAAAACAAAUGCCCCAGGAGAAGGGUCCAUGAUUACCAGAAACAUCAAAGAGUACUUUCUACCAUUUUUAUUCUGUUGUGUUGAGGCCAGCGUUGCAAUAAACAAGCUAAAACUACUUACAUUGGACUCAUUUUCAGUAACUGACAUUUACAGGAAUAUACUAGAAACGGCACUAAAAAGUUUAAGAA